AUGGUCCCCAAGCCAAAACAAAAGCCCAGCACGUCUUCCCGGACAUGGGAUGGCCUCAACCCCCCACUGUCGCAAUGGGCUCUCGACGCCGUAUCCUCCAUGGGCUUCACCCGCAUGACCCCAGUUCAGGCUUCGGCCAUUCCGCUAUUCAUGGCGCACAAGGACGUGGUUGUGGAAGCUGUUACUGGUAGCGGAAAGACCCUAUCCUUCCUGAUUCCCGUGGUGGAAAAGCUUCUACGCCUUGAUGAGCCUCUCAAAAAACACCAUAUUGGAGCAAUCAUUAUCUCCCCAACAAGAGAACUUGCGUCGCAGAUCUAUCAAGUCCUUUUAUCACUACUCGAAUUCCACCCCGCAUCUGCGGCGGCGAUUAAUCCACCCGAAGGAGAUGCGCCUCGUCCUAAAACCUCAUCUUCCACCCUAAAGGUGGUCCCCCAGCUCUUGCUAGGCGGCACAACAACCCCUGCGGAGGAUCUCAGUUCAUUCCUCAAGCGAUCACCGAACGUUUUGGUUUCCACCCCAGGAAGACUGCUCGAACUUUUGUCGUCGCCCCAUGUACACUGUCCGCAGUCAUCGUUUGAAAUGCUGGUCCUUGAUGAGGCGGACAGGCUUCUGGAUCUCGGCUUCAAGGAUGAUCUUCAGAGGAUCCUCCGCCAUCUGCCCAAGCAGCGAAGGACGGGUCUUUUCAGUGCCAGUAUCAGCGAAGCCGUCGACCAAAUCGUCCGUGUGGGUCUCCGGAAUCCUGUCAAAGUAGCUGUCAAGGUCAGGGGCGGCUCCGGAGUUAAGGACAAGCGCACACCAGCAAGUCUGCAAAUGACUUACCUUACAACACCCCCGGCGCAUAAAUACUCUAUCCUGAAACAAAUCCUCUCAACCGUCCAACCGACACCCCAGAAGACAAUCUUCUUUGUUUCAACGUGUUCAAGUGUUGAUUAUCUUUCGAUGAUGCUUCCACUAAUCUUGGGAGACGAGUUUUUACUGGUUCCGCUGCAUGGCAAACACGCUUCCAACGUGCGCCAAAAGAACUUUACUCGCUUCACCACCGCUGCCACCCCCUCCAUCCUUCUUACGACUGAUGUCGCCUCUCGGGGUCUGGAUAUUCCAUCCGUUGACCUGGUCGUCCAAAUCGAUCCUCCCUCUGACCCAAAAACUUUCAUCCACCGAUGCGGUCGUGCCGGGCGUGCCGGACGCCGAGGUCUGAGUAUCGUCCUACUUCACCCGGGGCGAGAAGAAGACUAUGUUUCAUUCCUGGAGGUUCGCAAGACCCCAGUGGCUCCCUAUAAUCUCCCCAUUCCUUCCGACGAUGAUGCUGCUGCUGCAACGGAAGCCGUCCGCAAGAUCAUGCGACAAGACCGCAGUCAUUACGAUAAGGGCCAAAAGGCCUUCGUUAGCUGGCUUCGAAGUUAUAGCAAGCACCAGGCAAGCAGCAUCUUCCGAGUCGCAGAUCUCGACUGGGACGCCCUUGGCAGAGCAUGGGGUCUGCUCAAGUUGCCCAAGAUGCCCGAGCUGCGUAGUUUUACUGGAGACCGCACAUUGGGCGUCAGUCUAGACUGGGAUAAUUUUACCUACAAGGAUAAGCAGAAAGAAAAGCGGCGCAAGGAGAUGAUGGAAGAAUAUGCAAGCCCAGGCCCAGGCCCAGGCCCAGGAGAGGCCAAGAAAUCACGAAAGGAAAUGGAGAGAUGGGAACAGCUGCCAGAGGAGGAGAAACAAAAGGCGCGUGAGACAGAACGCAUGAUUGAGGAGAUUAGGGCAAAGAAUGAACAGGAACGACAGGCAAGAAUCGCAGCGAAAGAAGAUGCUCCAAAUGCAAAUGGCAAUGGGGAAGAAUUCACAGGUUUCGACUAA